CAAAAAAAAAAAAUUGCAAGGCCUUCGCAACACUCGCUAUCAUGGCUGACAACGCUCGACGCUCCAGAACACAAGGAGACUCACGGUCCGACAAUCGCCGUAUCGAACGGUCUCGGCGUUCCGCAUCGCGCGUCGUCGUGGAGUCGUCAUCACACCCAGCGAGGCGGAGAGAGGACACACCGCAACCGACCAUCACAAUCCCAUCACACAUGUCGAUGGGUUUGUUCUUGCACCUCACUCAAGAAUACCAAUACCAAUACCAACACCAGCCCGAUCUUGUCGAAGACGCCGCCGGUUCCCGGAGUGGACAGGCAGAAGAAGCAGACUGGCACCCCUUGCGGUCGGGUCCGCGGCAGGACGCUCAUCAUCAGCCCGCACUCUCGCACGGCAUGUCGUCCCGCGUGGCGGCAGCUGCCGACGACGACGACGACGAUUCGGCCGCGUCUAUGUAUGUCCGUGACGGCUCGGCGUCUCCCCCCUGCCACUCCUACUCCCUAGCAGCGCUCCAUCACGAAAGAGCGGACGAUGCCGGAGCGAGAAGGAUGACGGACGGAGGAGAAACAAGCUGGGUGCCUGCAGCGUACCCCGAUGCCGUCCAGGUCUGGGGGGAGUAUGAUAGAAACGUCGUGUCUGCCGAGGUAAACUGGAGAGAAGAGGACUGUUAUUCGCGACUUAUUGGUCGCCAGCCAGACGAAGGGGAACCCGAAUUUGCCGGCUCUCCGUAUUACGAGUACGUGAGCCAAACCCCGUACGCGGCCAGUAUCUCCGAUGUCGACAUUUGCAGCCUGGAUGGUUCGAGAGACCUGGGCGCCAGCGACAGAGAAGACAAGGACUGGGUCGUGGUUAACGCAGCUCCUCAAUAAGACAAAACAUGGAACGGCGGCAAGACGGAAGUCAUAAAGAGACUCGGGCUGAGGUGGGCUUCUUUCCUUUUUCUCCUUUUCU